CGCUCACCAUGGCUGUAUCUGGAAGUGGUUCGGGCUCGGGCUCGUCGUACUCGGACGAGGGCCGGUCGCAGCAGGAACCGCUGGCGCCAUGGGUGCCCAAGCAGCGGCGGGCCUUCCUCGGCUGGUUCAACGCGAAGCUGGCCGGCGCCGGCUCGCCGCUGGCCGGCUCGGUCACCACUCUCCGGGCGCUCUCCGACGGCGUGGCACUCGGCGCUCUCGUCCCGCAUCUGGUCGCUGGCCGGGUCUCAGUCGGCCGCAUCGCUCCGCACCCGCGGCUCAAGAUCCAGAAGAUGGCCAACAUCUCGGCCGCCCUCGACGCCCUCGACGCCGACGGCGUGCCGGUCACUGCCGCUGCAAGCGAUGUCUACGCUGGCAAUGUCAAGAUGGUGCUGGGCCUGCUGUGGGUCAUGAUCCUCAAGUACCACAUCAAGUCAACCGCAGACGCCGCCGCUGCAGACGGCUCGGACGCCGUAGAUACCGACGACGGGUCCGACGGCGCCGCCGCGCCCGGGAGCCGCGUCUUGCGCUCUGGCAAGUCGGCCAAGGCCGAUCUGCUGGCCUGGGUCCGGGCUCAGGUUUCCGCUGUCGACCCGGAGCUGGACGUCGCUGACUUUGGCCCAGCCUUUCAGGACGGCCGCGUCCUCGCCGCCCUCACCGCCCGCUUUGCACCCGACGCCACCACUUACGCAGAGCUGGUCGGUGACAGCUCUAGCCCGAUGGCCAUCGUCGAGGCCGUCCUCCGCAUCGCACACACCCAGCUCGGCAUUCCCGAGCUCAUCGAAGCCGCCGACGUCGUCGAGGACCCGGACCCGUUUUCCAUCAUGACAUACGUCACCUACUUUCGCGGCGCAGAGGCCGCCCUCCGCAAGGGCAAGCUCGCCCACUCGGCCGACGAGUUUGCAGCCCUCGAAACUCGAGUUGCCUCGCUCGAGACCGAGCUCGAGGCCGAGACCUCGCGCGCCCGCAGACUUGCCCAUGAGGUCCAGGCCUCCCAUCUGACCGCCACCGCCGCCGCCGACGCCCACGCCAAGCUGCAGGAGAGCAAGGCGAGCUUGCAGCAUGCGCUGACAAGUACCAAGGCCGAGGCCGCCGCCCUGGCUGCCUCCAAGGCCAGGCUCGAGGCUCGGCUGGAAGUCGCCGAGCAUAAGGCUGCGCUUCUCCCGGUCCUCUGCUCCGCCCUCGACAUCGAUCCGGGCGUACUGGGCGACGGCCUUGCGGCGCUGCCCGACGCUGAGGCCGACAGUAAGCUGGACGCUGCCAAGACCGCCCUGGCUGCAUGGCAGGCGUCGACGCCGUCGGCUGCCGUCUCGUCACUCGCUGCUGGAGACGCUGCCGACGAGACCGGCGACGAGGUGAGCGGUGGCCGUCGCGGCCGGACUCGAACUCGGACCCUCUCGCUCUCGCACCCGUACCAGAACGCCGCGCGAUCGACUGCCAUUGCGGCGGCAGCUGACAAGGGCGUGGGCAUGGGCUCGAUGCUCGCCAUUGCCGACCGCAUCAAGGCCUCAGCGGUCGCCGCGCGUCGGGCCGGGAGCCGUGAGCUGCCGGCCGCGCCUGGUGAACUGGUCAUCGACCUCCAUGCCCGCGAGCGCGAGCUGCUGCAGACGCUGUUGGCAACCGGGCGGAUCGAGCUUGCACCGACCGACGACCUCACCGCCAUCACAGGCCUCGACGAGGCCGGCAACCGAGCUGGUCCGUGCUGCAUGUAUGAAACACUCAUGCAUCGCGUCCACGCUGAAGUUCGCGAGCUCCACGCCGAGUACGCCGCGCUGGCCAAAUGGUCGACGGCACAGGUGGCCAAGCUCGGGACGUCGGCCACCGCGCUGGCGGCCGACGGCAUGAACGACCUCGCCGAUCAGGUCGCGUACUGGCGGGCCGCUGCCGCCGAUGCUAACGCCGCACUGCGUCUGGAGCAAGCGCGCACUCUCCGCGCCGCCCAGCUAUUCAACGGCAUGGAGGCGUUCAAGGAGAAUCUGCAGCUCCGGCUGUCGUCGACCGAGAGCUCGAUGGAUCUCCUCCGCAAGGCGACGGACCUCAACGCAUCGGCGUCGGGCGGCAUGCUUGGGACCAAGCCCGCUCCAGCUACCACCGUCUCGGCCGUCCUCAACACCCGCAAGGUCAAGAACCGACGGACCGCCGCCGAGCAAGCGCUAGCCGAUGAGGUCUCGCAGCUGACCGGCUCACGCCGCGGCGCAUACUUCAAGUACGGCUAUCUGCUAAAGCGCGAGAAGCGGCGCAAGACAUGGACCAAGCUCUGGCUCACGCUCACUCCGUUCCAUCUCGAGUAUCGGAACAACAAGAACGACCAAGAGCCACGCGGCCGCAUCGCCCUUGAAGGCUGCGUCGUUAAUGAGGUCUCCGGCUCGCAAGCCUCCACCAUCGGCAUCCCCAACACUGCCAUCCCGGCCUUUUGCAUCCACCUACGCAUGCAGAACCGCAAGGACUACUACUUUCUGGCCGAGUCGCUCGACGAGGUCGCCGAGUGGAAGAAUGGGCUUUCGGUCAACAUUGCCGUCAACGAGUCGCUCAAGACCAUGGUGGCCAACGCGCGCUCCUGCGACGAUUCGCGCAUUCUGGAAGCCUUUCGCAGCAAGACGUCGAACUCCUCGCCCUAG